CAUCCAGACUGCUGGCUGCACGGAGAACUGGCCAAGUCAGGGUCACGUCCAGCCGCGGCCGAAACUGCUCCGACAAGUAUCCCUUGUUUUCUCCCUGGUCGUGGUCCCUACACAACCAUCACGAUUUCUUCCAAAGGCAGACAGGACGAUCGUCCCCCUCUCACGCGGGUCGUCCGUAAGAAGAGACUGAUCGCCGCGGCGGUGGGAGUCAUCAUGGUCCUUCUGCUGGUGAUCUUGAUCCCGGUGCUGGUGAACUCGGCCGGUACCUCCGCCCACUACGAGAUGCUGGGCACCUGCAGGAUGGUCUGCGACCCUUACGACACGAAAGCCACCACGGCGGCAGCGGAGACGGUGAGGGAUCACAGUGUAAUGCCCUUACCCACUUUCAUCCAAGGACCCAAAGGGGAACCGGGGAGAUCGGGGAAGGCCGGACCCAGGGGUCCACCCGGCGAACCAGGACCGCCGGGCUCUAUCGGGCCACCGGGAGGAAAGGGCGAGCCGGGCAGACCGGGACUCCCCGGUUUACCGGGACCUCCCGGGCCAAACGCCGGAGCCAUCAGCGCUGCUACCUACAGCACAGUGCCGAAGAUCGCCUUCUACGCCGGCCUCAAGCGACCACACGAGGGUUACGAGAUGCUCAAGUUCGACGAUGUGGUCACCAAUCUCGGGAACCACUACGACCCGACCACCGGCAAGUUCACCUGCUCCAUCCCGGGGAUCUACUUCUUCACUUACCACGUCUUGAUGAGAGGCGGCGACGGUACCAGCAUGUGGGCAGAUCUGUGUAAAAACGGCCAGGUUCGAGCCAGCGCUAUUGCCCAGGACGCCGACCAGAACUACGACUAUGCGAGUAACAGCGUGGUGCUGCACUUGGAUGCAGGGGAUGAAGUUUAUAUUAAACUGGAUGGUGGCAAGGCCCACGGCGGCAACAACAAUAAGUAUAGCACCUUCUCUGGAUUUAUAGUCUACGCCGACUGAGGAAAGAGGGAACAAAUAAACAACCAAAUCGAAUCACCUCCUGCGGGGAUGACUGAGAGCGGGAUUCCCACGGCCAAGAAAGAUCACUACAAAUACCAAAUGGACGGUCUCCAAAUGUGCACGUUACUUCUGGAUACAACCAGCCAUUUUUAUUUGUUGAAAGAAAAGCUAUUUGAAACAUAUUUGCACACCACGAAAAGACC